AUGAGUUCGUCAAAUUCUGCUGGUGCCCCUGUAACAUCGCCGUUGGGUUCCUUGGUUGCGGAAAAUGAAUUGGUUCAUUUCCUGAAGCUUGCACGGCCGGAAUGGUCGAAGCCACGACGCAGAGGACGUAGCGACAUCGUCCGUGUGCUAGCGAAGCUGAAGGCUGUUGGUGUCAAUGAUAUCGACACAUUGAUAAGGAAAGUGGAGAAGAACACCAUUAACGAGGAGUUGUACAAUAAAGGCCUCAUGCCCUUGAGUAGGGCAGCGCUGGAUUCCAUCCGGAAGCAGAAGACGUUCAUGCAGGCGCUUGAGUCUGUUGACGUUCCGAACAUCCGACAGGUUGGUGUUUUCGACCCUGUGGCGCAAAUGCUGUCUCGGAAGCCUUUGCCAAGUGCCUCUAGCACUUUGCGUGGACGAUCUUCGCCUUCCAAGAGAAGUGAAGAAGGGAGGAAGGCUUUACGGCAAAGCUUGCCGGCCAACACGAUUGGAGGGAUGACCGCCCCGCAAGCUGAUGAUGACAUCUCGCCGUUCAUCCCGGAUCUGCUGCCACCGGGAAAGCCGUGUCUGUUCCCACGGCUUCGAGGAUGUGCUGCUAAUAGGCCUCGUAGGCUGUCGCCGAUGCAAGCUCCUGCUUCUGCAGAUGGUUUUGCUGGUCUGUCGCUGGCCGAAGGCCGAUCGAGAUCUUUCUCCAUGACCGAUGCUGCGCUGGGACCUGCAGGUUUCAGUUCGCCGCAAAGCAAGGUGACUUGGUCUGUCACAUUGCCAGCAGGGCAGCUGCAGCCUCAGGGAGCCUUUCUAUUUGGAUUUCAGUAUACUCCUGCACUUGUCUGA